AUGCUUUCUUCUGUCACUCUCUCUGCUCUUGCUCUUGCGCUUGCUGCUGCACCUGCUGCAGCUAUUGCUCCACUCGGUUUCAACUUGGGUGUUAAGGUCAACAACGGAGACUGUAAAUACACCCAAGAUUAUCUUGAGGACUUCGACACCCUCAAGUCCUACUCCACCCAGGUCAAGACAUACUCCACUUCCGAUUGUAACACACUCCAGGAACUGGCACCAGCUUUAGACCAGGCAGGUUUCCAAUUAACAAUGGGUGUCUGGCCAACUCCAAGUGAUAAAUUCGAGCUGGAGAAAGAAGCAAUGAAAACUUACUUACCAACUAUCUCCAAGUCCUCCAUCACUUCUGUUCUUGUUGGUUCCGAAGCUAUGUACAGGGGUGAUUUGACUGGUGAGCAAUUGGCCUCCUUGAUUAAAGAAAUCAAGGAAUUGCUGGCUGAUAUCAAGGAUAAAGACGGUAACUCCUAUGGUGAUGUUCCUGUUGGUACUGUUGACUCAUGGAACAUGUUGGUCGACGGUAUGGCUUACCCAGCUAUCCAAGAAUCAGAUGUCAUUUAUGCAAAUGCCUUCUCCUACUGGCAAGGCCAAACCAACCAAAAUUCUACCUUCUCCUUCUUCGAUGAUAUCAUGCAAGCUUUACAAACUGUUCAAUCUGUUAAAGGCUCCACCGACAUCGAUUUCUACGUUGGUGAAACCGGCUGGCCAACCGAGGGCUCCAACUAUGGUGCUUCUGUUCCAAGUGUUGAAAAUGCAAAGAUUUUCUGGAAAGAUGGUAUCUGUGCAAUGAGAGGUUGGGGUGUCAACACCUUUGUCUUUGAAGCAUUCGAUGAAUCCUGGAAGCCAGAAACUUCCGGUUCCUCUGUUGAACCUCAUUGGGGUGUCUUCACCGACCAACGUCAAUUAAAAUACAACUUGGAUUGUGAUUUCUAA